CUUUACAACAUACAGUCAUCUUAAAGUUUACAGUGGAAGUAAAAACAUAACAUUCCCACAAUUCCUUGCGCAACAGGCUACUUUUCAUUCAACAUAUUUGUUGUUUGCUGUCAGUUUUUGUUAUUAUUUUGAGCUUUUACCUCAGCUUGUGUACGUGUGUCUUUUAUAACUUGUAUUAUCACGAUGGUUAUCGAUGCACCGCGCCAGUCAAAAACUGAUUUUUACUGCUUUAGAUGGCAUGCUAGCGUUACUAAACUAACCAGGCUAGCGUACGGUUUCCCUCAGUGUAACGUUAUCCGCUACCGAAAACAGCCUAACCUGCUAUAGGUACUGAUAUAGAAAAGUCAAUUAAAAACCCAUCUUGGUUAAAGUCAUAGUUCACCCGAAAAUGAUAAACGACGGUGAAUAAAAAUACUUUCUUCUGUUGACAUGAAGCCUGCUGUGUAGGCCUGGUUGCUUUUUUACUACUAAUAAUAUACAUUUUAUUUCAUUUUACAGUAAAAUUCUCUUAAAUGUAAAGUCUUUAAAACAUACAGUCAUCUUAAAGUUUACAGUGGAAGUAGCAACAGGCUACUUUCCCUUCCACAUAUUUGUUGUUUGCCGUCAGUUUUCGUUAUUAACUGUGCUUUUUAUUGUGUCACGUUUGCUACCGUGUUUUAUAGGCUGUUCGCUCAUAGCUUGUGUACUUCUGUCUUUUAUAUCUUGUAUUAUCACGAUGGUUAUCGAUGCACCGCGCGAGUCAAAAACUGAUUUUUACUGCUUUAGAUGGCAUGCUAGCGUUACUAAACUAACCAGGCUAGCGUACGGUUUCCCUCAGUGCAACGUUAUCCGCUACCGAGGGCUUUACUGCAAGCUGGCAACCACAGCUUUUACAGUAAUUUUUUUUUUUUUUUGCACGCUGUGAGGUGACACCACACGCAGACAGUCGUUCAGAAGAGACCUUGAGAAUCCGCCUCGCUCCUCCUUCGCCGACAGCUCGCGUAAUCUCCAACCUGUUGGUUAUUUGUGCUCCUCUGGACGGGCUUAAUCUGUCCAGACCGCAGCGGGCUUUUGGCAGGAGAGUCGGAGCGGGGCAUCUUUUACGCACUUGCCUCUAGGUAAGUCAAAGGACGGGACGCUGACCCGAGCAAAGCCGAUUCCUGUCCCAUUCGCAGACACCAGGCGAGACUGAGGCUGCUGUCGAUGCUAGAAAACAGAAAUCCCUGCAGAAGCACACGCAGAAAUGGGGCGAAAGGAGGGCGACUACGAUUGGAAAAAGAGCACGGAUAACAUCCAGGAUGUGUUUGAAUUCAUGGAGGUGCUCGGAUCGGGCGCGUUCUCAGAGGUCUUCAUGGUGAAGGAGAGAAAAACAGGGAAGCUUUUUGCACUGAAGUGCGUGAAGAAGAAAAACAAAAGGGACAUCAACCUGGAGAAUGAAAUCGCUGUGUUGAGAAAGAUCAAACAUGACAAUGUGGUUUGCUUGGAGGAUUUCUACGAAAGCCGGACGCAUUACUACCUGGUCAUGCAGCUCGUUUCGGGCGGCGAGCUGUUCGACCGGAUCCUGGACCGGGGCAUGUACUCGGAGGCUGAUGCUAGCCUGGUCAUCAGACAGGUGCUGGAGGCGGUCAGCUACCUGCACAAAAACGGCAUAGUCCACCGAGACCUCAAGCCGGAGAAUCUGCUUUACUACAGCCCUGACGAAAACUCCAAGAUCAUGAUCAGCGAUUUUGGCCUUUCCAAGAUGGAGGAUAAUGGCGUCAUGUCCACAGCGUGCGGGACUCCAGGAUAUGUCGCCCCUGAAGUACUGGCCCAGAAACCUUACAGCAAAGCCGUGGACUGCUGGUCAAUCGGAGUCAUCACCUACAUCCUCCUCUGCGGAUAUCCUCCUUUCUAUGAAGAAACCGAGACUCGUCUGUUUUCCAAAAUCAUGAAGGCGCAGUAUGAAUUCGACUCACCCUUCUGGGAUGAUAUCUCCGAGUCUGCAAAGGACUUCAUCCGCAACAUGAUGCAGAAGAAUCCUAAGAUGCGUUAUGACACAGACCAGGCUCUCAGACACCCCUGGAUUAUAGGAAAGACGGCCCGGAGCCAGGACAUCUACCACUCGGUCAGCGAGCAGAUCCAGAAAAACUUUGCCAAGUCCAAGUGGAAGCAAGCCUUCAACGCGACGGUGGCCAUUCACCACAUGAAGAAGCUGCAGCUGGCCCACUCCGAGGCCUGCCUCCGUCUGAAACAGACUCCGGCGCCCGUGCCUGAGAUCAAGGUCAUCGCUACAUCCACGCCUGAAUCCGUCCGCAAGAAGUUCGCCGAGGCCCCCGAACCAAACGGCGGCCCUCAACCCAGCAACCAGAUGAACGUGCCGUCCGGCUCCACCGAGUCAAAGAGCCAGUACCACCCGGUCCGGGUCAGUCACAGCGAGACCACCCACGUCGGGACCCUCACCAUUACAGAGAAGAGCAAGCACGUGUAUCACUCGCAGCCGGCGGACCUAAACGGGUACGCAAAAAGAAGCUCCAAUCGUAACGGGCCGACCCUGCAGACUGGAGUUUGCUCUGUCAUGUGAUUGGCUGCUUUGGCACUGCGCGAUUUUUGACAGGUCCGUGACCUCUCACUCAGCCACUGACUGCUUUCUGUGGGCAGGUCCUGCUGCUCUGUCCUGCUCCAGAGCGUUGGCGAGGCAUCUGGCCACCGGUCCGCUCUGUUCUGAAAUACUGAAGUUUAGGGGAGUGCCUCCAGACCCGCAAACACACACACACACACACACACACACACACACACAGCACAAACCCAGCCUGUCACGCACUCGAAAAACGACAGUAUCCCUGUACAUGUUAGGUGCUGAACCUCAGACUUUGUAUUUUCCCUUGGGGAAAAGGUUUUGCGUUAUCAAGGUCAAUUAAUCACUCCGUAUUAAAACACUUGGAGCAGGGGUCUGCGUUAUCGGACACUUGUGUAAAGAGUAUUGGGAGUUUUGUACAUAUAAUCUCUCCGUGAUGCAUGGCUAGUCUGUAUUGUGCAAUAAUGUGUACUACGGUAGUAAUUCAUGCGUUUUAAACACUAAACCGUAUUUAUCAUUGAUUGUAUAUUGCUGGAAAAAUAAAUAAGAUUCCAGCUUUUUUCUUCAUUCAUUCGAUAGGGGGUUUUUUGGUGACUAGAGUGAAUGUUUAUUUUUCUAAUGCAGAAGUUAUUAUCGUACGUUCAUCCAUUAUAUAUUUUUGUCAUAAUAAAACGGAUAAAAGUUAUUUAACGCCUUUUCCCAGCCACCGUAGUAAGCCUAGCCCUUGUUUUGUGCACUAUAAUACUGUUCCUGACCCACAUGAACUUUGCUGUUAGAAAUGCUGUAAAUAAUUGAAGUACUUAUCUUGUAAGAGAUUAUAAUUAAGUGUCCUCUAAACUACAGAAAAGGGUUAUGUUUGUGUAGGCCGCUACUGUUCUUUGUGCAAUAUUUUUACCAAUAAAUCACUCCAAAUUA